AUGGGUGUGAACGGUCUCUGGACAGUUGUGCAGCCAUGCGCUCGACCGACGAACCUCGCGACUCUGAAUCGCAAGCGGCUUGCAGUAGAUGCCUCGAUUUGGAUCUACCAAUUCCUCAAAGCUGUACGCGACAAGGAAGGGAAUGCCUUGCGCAAUUCGCAUGUCGUUGGUUUCUUUCGUCGCAUAUGCAAGCUCCUAUGGUUCGGAAUCCUACCAGUUUUUGUCUUUGAUGGCGGGGCCCCCGUACUCAAGCGACAGACCAUCCAACAUCGAAAGCAGAGACGUGAAGGUCGUCGCGAAGAUGCUGUUCGGACCGCUGGCAAGCUCUUAGCUGUGCAGAUGCAGCGAAUCGCGGAAGAGGACCAAGAUCGCAGGCGAAGAGACCGAGAACGUGAUGUAUCGGCCAGGGAGGAGCAGCAACAGGAGGUUAUUCCUGAAGCUAGCCAGCUUGUCUACGAUGACGAGGCUCUCAUGUCACAACACGAACGACAAAAGGGCAGGUCAUUUCGAAAGCAAGAUGCCUACCAUCUGCCCGAUCUUGACGGGGGCGGUAUCGCAGCAAUGGGGAAGCCUGAGGAUCCAAGAAUCAUGAGUGUAGAGGAGCUGGAAGAAUACGCGCGACAGUUUCACGAAGGAGAGGACAUCAAUCUUUACGACUUUAGUAAAAUUGAUUUCGAUGGCGAGUUUUUCAAAAGCCUCCCUGCCGCGGAUCGAUACAACAUUCUGAACGCAGCAAGACUCCGAAGUCGACUGAGAAUGGGCCUUAGUAAGGAACAGCUGGAAGAAAUGUUCCCAGAUCGCAUGGCAUUUUCCAAAUUUCAAAUUGACAGAGUCAAGGAGCGCAACCACCUCACUCAGCGUCUCAUGUACGAAGUGGGCAUGACUGGUACCGAUCUCACUCUUGGGGUCAAUGCAAGAGUUGCUGGUGAGAAGAAUCGCGAGUAUAUUCUUGUGAAGAAUGAUGGUGCAGAAGGAGGAUGGGCACUGGGUGUGGUUAGCAGGGAUAAGGAUGUUGGAGAAGCACAUAAGCCUAUUGACGUCGACGCUAUUCAAGUUCAAUACCAGUCCAAAGAAGAAGAAGAAGAUGAGGAUGAGGAUUUUGAGGAUGUCCCUAUCGAAGGUCUCAACCGAUUGCCAAAACCUUCUGCCGCACAGGUAGCUAGCUAUCAAGCAGCCCAAGACGCAGCAACACGGCGUCGACAAUUUUACGGCGGCCAUCGGAAAGAAUCAACCGCCCAGGAAGAGGGAUCCCUCUUUGUAGGUGGUAAUGUCGAAAGCACAGAUGAUCUGUUUCAACAACCACCUGAAGACCCGCUACAGGCCGAUGAGGAGGAUGAUCUCAACCGCGCAAUCGCCAUGUCACUCCAAAAACAGCAUGGUGUUGGAGAGGAGUCAGAAAAAGAGGAUGAUUUCGAAGAUGUCCCUAUCGAAGCACCAAAAUGGACACAAAAGUCUGUUGAGUCUCAAAAACCCAUCACAGCCAAGGGUGGCUCCAUGAUCGCCCAUGUCGUCAACAACCGAGCAAGCGCUGCUGUACCCAAGCGACAAGAGCGCAGUGCCGCCGACGACAGCGAUAGCGAUGAGGACAUGCAGACGGUGCUCGCAAAGGCAAGGAUGCAGAAGAAGCCGCAGCUGAAACCGAAGGCAAAAUUCGUACCUGUCGUUGAAAACAAGAAGAACCCAUUUGACGGCCCAUUGCCAUUCGCCAAGCUUGAUUGGCGCUCUUCUGUGUUUGGAAAGAAGCAAACCAAUGUAGCCGGACCAAGCAGGGAAGCCGAAGUUACAGAUAAAACCCCAGCCUCAAAGGACGAUGAAGAAGACGACAUGGCUGGUGGCUUUGAGAGAGAGGCAGUGGACGAGAAUGCACCCAAGCCCUUGCCGCCAUGGAUGGUAGAUGACACAGAUAUCCGAGAGUCGCUCAAGAAGCAGAAGGACGCAGAACGUGAGAUCAAUAAUGCAGACAGGCAGGCAGCCGAGGAAGAGCAAAUGCUUUAUCGCCGGAAAAUGCAGGACCAGCUGAUUCAUAUCGACUCUUCAUCAGACGAUGAUAGUGACGUUGAGGUUCUUGACAAAGCCCCGUCACCUAAGAAGGUAUCGCAAAAUGAGACGAAUGUCGCCGACGUCGACGAGCCUGAAGCCAUAAAGCAAGCUUCGCCCCGAUCUGAAAAGCCAGAGCUUGUUUCAGAAGAAGCCUCGGAGGAAAUCACAGAGCCCAUAUCCCUGCCUGGAGCUGAAGGGCUUGCAGACCGUACUCUGGUAGACCCAGCUGACCCUCUGGCGGAAGAAAACAAAGAUAAAUCAGAGAAAUCAGAGUCACCUGAACCGGAAUUUGAGGACGUGGUGCCUACCAACGUAGUGGCUGAAGUCGCAGCGGAGAAGAGUCCUACGCCCAUUUUUGAAGAACUUCCUUCUGUUAGCACACCCUUGGCAAACGAUGAGGGUCAGCAGCCUGACCUCGAAGAUGAUGGUCUCUUUGACGACGUAGAGUAUGACGAAUUCAGCGACCCUGGUGAUGAAGAGCUCAUGGCAUCACUGGCCGAAGAAUCUGAAGAGCAUGCCCGUUUUGCCAGUGAGCUGAACAACAAGACAGCCGAGCAGAACAAAGAGGACUAUGAAAGAGAACUACGUGCUCUUCGAACUCAGCAGAAGAAAGACCGCCGAGAUGCCGAUGAGGUGACCCAAGUUAUGAUCACAGAGUGCCAAGCUCUGCUCCGAUUGUUUGGUAUCCCUUAUAUCACGGCUCCCAUGGAAGCCGAAGCACAAUGCGCCGAGCUGGUUAACCUUGGGCUCGUCGAUGGCAUCGUGACGGAUGAUUCAGAUACCUUCUUAUUUGGCGGCACACGAGUCUACAAGAACAUGUUUAACAGCAACAAAUUUGUAGAGUGUUAUCUGGUGAGCGACAUUGAGAAAGAGUUAUCCUUGACCCGCGACCAACUUAUCUCGCUUGCUCAUCUACUCGGCUCUGAUUAUACCGAAGGACUACCUGGAGUAGGUCCAGUUACAGCAGUGGAGAUCCUCUCCGAGUUCCCUGGUAGAUCUGGGCUGGAGAACUUUCGCGAAUGGUGGAAAUCGGUACAGUCACAAACGCGGCCUAAGGAUGCCGAUGUUUCGACUCCCUUCCGCAAGAAGUUUCGAAAGUCGCAAGGCACCAAGCUCUUUCUACCGCCGAGCUUCCCUAGCCCGGCUGUCAACGAUGCUUACCUUCACCCAGAGGUUGAUGACAGCAAUGAGGACUUUCAGUGGGGUGUACCGGACGUGGAGGGACUACGACAAUUUUUAAUGGCUACUAUUGGUUGGAGCAAGGAGCGUACGGACGAAGUCCUCGUACCGGUCAUCAAAGACAUGAACAAGCGAGACCGCGAAGAAUCUUACGGAGGCAUAUUGGAUUUGAAGGCAGAAUCUUCUAGGUAG